UUGAGAACAUUUAGUUCUCUUGACUCACCCGCAGUCUCACAACAAGGGGGAGUUCCUCCGAUUCAGCAGCACAGACGCUCCCCGACCUGCCUCGCUCAUGAGUCACAGACUAGGACCUGCAGAUUUAUUCCCCGAAAAUAGAAGAAGGAGAACAAUCCUGGCAGGAGCUACAGCGUACAUAUCUGAAAGUCUUUCUGCUUUCGUACACAGUCGCUAAGUUUAGUCUGCAUCCUUUUUCCCUGACAGUGACAGACAAGUCCGACUUUUAACAGUUGAUCUUUCUGUCGGGAUUUUUUUUCCUUUUCCUCGAUCAGAGAGAUGCCUGAGGACAUAGGGACAGCCAAGCCCGGAGGAGUCAUCGCCUACAUCUCCUCCGGCUCUGCCUCCACCCCUGAGUCCUGUAUGAGCACCAGCCCCAGCAGCGGCUACCUGUCCACAUCACCGCCUCUUUCCCGCCCCUCGCUGCCCAGCAGGGCCGUGGGCAUGGUGGUGGACAUCGCCCCGCCUGCCAAGAGCGGGUCUAGAAUGGGCCAUGGUAUGGAGAAGGCCGGGCGCUCUUCCACGUCCGCCAAGAGCAGCAUCACCAAAAUCAACGGCAUGGUGCUGCUGUGCAAGGUGUGCGGAGACGUGGCCUCGGGCUUCCACUACGGCGUCCAUGCUUGCGAGGGCUGCAAGGGCUUCUUCAGGAGAAGCAUCCAGCAGAACAUCCAGUACAAGAAGUGUCUUAAGAUGGAGAACUGCACCAUCAUGAGGAUCAACAGGAACCGCUGCCAGCAGUGCCGGUUCAAGAAGUGUUUGGCCGUCGGCAUGUCCAGAGAUGCUGUCAGAUUCGGUCGCAUCCCAAAGAGGGAAAAGCAGAGGAUGCUGCUGGAGAUGCAGAACGCCAUGAACAACAUGAUGAGCAACAACAGCCAGCUGCACAGCAUGCUGCACGGCCACCAGAGCCCGACGCUGCCCAUGGAGUCCCUGCCCAGCGACGCCAGCCCCUCGCCCUCCUCUUCCUCCUCCUCUGCCUCCGAUUCUUCGUCGUGCUCCAACCCCUCCUCCCCGCAAUGCCCCCAGGACUCGGAGUCUGUGGUUUCCAUGGACACCAACUCCAGCUCUGCCUCGUCUUGCGCGUCAGACAGCGGCGAGGACGAGGCCGUCGUCUCAAUGAGCAGGCAGCACCAAGAUGCCUUCGCUUACAGCCAGCAGAGGUCCCUGCGACAGGAACAGGUCUCGCCAUCGCCGGUCACGGUCGCCCAGGAGACGGUGUGCGACAGUCGUAUGGAGGAGCAACAGGAGAGCUGGAACAGCUGGAACAACAAUGUCGUCAUCAGAGGUUACCAGCACAGUUCAUACAGUAACAGCCAACACGUCACCAACACUGCUUACAGGGAGGAGAGAGGAGUUUACCAGCAGCAGCCUCAGCAGCAGCUCAACAGCGCCCCCAGCUGCGAACCAUCAGACGACAGCCAAAGACCGCAUGAAUUUAACACACAAACUGCCUCAAGUGGUUACAGUGGACCAACCAACAGUGUGAACAACAGAGCACACUUGGUAUGUCCGAUGAACACCUCGCCAUACGUGGACCCCCGCAAGCCCAGCCAGGAGAUCUGGGAGGAGUUCUCCAUGAGCUUCACCCCCGCCGUGCGGGAGGUGGUCGAGUUCGCCAAGAGGAUCCCGGGCUUCCGUGACCUCCCAGAGCACGACCAAGUCAGCCUGCUGAAAGCUGGAACUUUCGAGGUGCUGAUGGUCCGAUUCGCCUCUCUGUUCAACAUGGUGGAGCGGACGGUUACCUUCCGUAGCGGCAAGCGUUACAGCCUUGACACACUACGGUCGCUCGGCGCCGGCGAGCUGCUCAACUCCAUGUGUGAGUUCAGCGAGAAGCUGAUGGCGCUGCGGCUGGACUCCGAGGAAAUGAGCCUCUUCACUGCUGUGGUGCUCGUCUCAGCCGAUCGCUCAGGAAUCCAGGACCUCAACUCAGUGGAGGCCCUGCAGGACAAACUGAUCCGGGCCCUGCGAAACCUGGUGAUGCAGAACCACGGCGAGGAGUCAUCCACCACUUUCACCAAGCUGCUCCUCAAACUUCCCGAGCUGCGCUCACUUAAUAACAUGCAUUCAGAGGAACUGCUCUCCUUCAAAGUGCAUCCUUGAAAGCUUCCUAAAACCACAUCCACACACCUCCACCAGGACCUGCCUCUUACCCCCCUUCCCCCCCUCCCUCCUCCCCUCUGUAUUUGACCAACCCAGAUGUGUGUUUCUUUGUAGAAUGUAUUGAAAAGUUAUUUUUUAUUCUAUUUUUGUUAAGUAGACCAUGUGGGGUCUGAAGAGAGAAGAUGAAAUGUACUGUAUUUAUAGAAGACAUAGCUUACGCUUGUUGCACACAAACACACGCAAGUGCACGUGUGUCAGAGGUUCCUAGUUUUGCAAAAGUUUGGAGGCACUUUUCUAUUUUCAAUAGAAAGAAAAAUACUUAACUGGCUUUGUGAGAUCAUAGAGAGCAUAAACCAAUGUUAAUGAAUUAAUAGAUAAUAUGAUUUUUAGCAUUUAUGUUUCCUCCAAAAGCCAUUUAAUUCAAAAGUGUAUUCUCUAAUAAGCGGGCGAAUGUGAGAGACAAUACAUACCUUACAUACCGCAUGUUCAUUUGGUCCAAUAUUUUGACUGAUACAUGUCGGCGAGAAAGGCAAGCUAUCGGAAAAUGUAUUGACGAAUGUGUGACGAUUGCUGCUAAUGCAUGGCUGUACUUAAUGCGAACAACUAUACUUGGAUCUUCUCCCCUUUUUGCCUCAGAAAGCAUCAGUUUGUUGUUUCAACUUUCUGUGUGUAUAGUGUACUAUUGUUUUUUUCUUUUUUUAAUUUAAUUCUUUUUUUUACAUGUCAACUGCCUGUACACUGCCUGAUGAUUUCUGGGGGGAGUCGAUGACGUUAUUUUUCAGCAACACUACAUUUGCACAAGUUCUGGAGCAGAAAAAACCCAAGUGACACA